CUCCCGUCUUCUCCGUGGACCGCAUCCAGUCCCCGCCCACCCGGUAGACGCCGUGGUCCGUUACGAGCUUACAUUAACAGAGCGGCCUCAGAUAAGCGGCGAGCAGGGCUGGAAAGGUCUCCUUUAAGGGCACAGCGGUCGCAGUGACAUGGGCAGCCAACGUUCUUUCACACCCUGUAGAGCAAACACCAGAGUCCUGCCUGCAGCGCCAAGCAGAAAAUGACUCAGCGAAAUGGAAUCAGGGGCUCGAGUGAUCCCAGUCUCGACUCUGAGACCUCCAAGGCUUUCGAGUUGCCCAACGGUUUGGACCACGACGAGGCGCAGGGGGCGGCUGACUGUGAGGGAGGGAGGGGGAGUGAAAGCGGAGACCCGGUGGCUAUAACCGGAGGAGGCGUCAUAGCUCCGGAUGGCGGCUGGGGUUGGGUGGUGCUGGUUGCAACCAUCCUGGUUCUGGCUCUGACCCUGGGCUUUCCCUCCUGUGUGGGAAUCUUCUACACAGACCUGCAGAAUGAGUUCACCGCCACCAACAGCGAAACAUCUUGGGUGCCCUCCAUCAUGACGUCAGCGCUUCAUGCAGGAGGUCCCUUCUGCAGCGUGCUGGUGGGGAAGCUGGGCUGCAGGCUGACCGUCAUGUUGGGCGGAAUCCUGAGUGGGCUUGGAAUGGCCGCCAGCUCAUUUACCCGAUCCAUCACUGAGCUUUACAUCACCGCUGGAGUGAUCACAGGACUUGGCUUCUGCUUUAGUUUCCAACCAGCUGUGACCAUCCUGGGUCACUACUUUGUGCGUCGCCGUGCGUUUGCCAACGCCAUGUCCUCCACGGGGACGGCUCUGGGACUCUGCACCCUUCCCUUCCUUGGAAACUAUCUCCACACAGAGUUCGGCUGGAGGGGGAGCUUCCUCAUCCUGGGGGCGGUCCUGCUGAACUGCUGCGUGUGCGGAGCUGUGAUGAGGCCUCUGGAGCCCAAAAAGCACCGCGGCCAGCCGCUGAUGAACCACGAACCUCUGCUAGAGAAAGAGACGAAGCAGGAAGGAAGGAUUCGGACCAUAUGGAGGUUCCUAGUGACCUCCCUAAAAAAGCACAUGGCCUUCGAUCAGCUCCACAACAAGCGUUACUGUGUGUUUGCCAUAGGCAUCACCUUAAUGAUGCUGGGCUUUGUGGUGCCGUUGGUGUACCUGGUUCCUUAUGCAACGGCACACGGCAUGGAGCCGGGUCGGGCCGCGCUGCUGCUCUCCAUCCUGGGUAUUGUUAACAUCGUGGUGCGGCCGCCCUUUGCCAUCAUCUUUAACAUGCCCUGGUUCAAAGGGCGGCACAUCUACGUGUUUGCCUCCGCUCUGCUGUUCAACGGCCUCAGUAACAGCAUCUGCUGCAUCGGGGCCUGCUUCCCCGUUCUGCUGGGAUAUGUGAUCAUGUACGGGCUUACAAUGAGCGUGGUCGGAUCGCUGAUGUUCACCGUCUUGAUGGAUAUAGUGGAGAUGAGCCGCUUUCCUUCAGCGCUGGGUCUGCUUGCUGUCAUGGAGAGCAUCACGCUCCUGAUUGGACCUCCGCUGGCAGGAAUCCUGGUGGACAGAACCAAACAGUAUUUCUACGUCUUUAUUGCCUGCAGUGCCGUUGUUGCCUCCUCCGCUUUGUUCCUGAUGCUCUCCUUCCUCUGGCUGGAUAAAAAAGAGAGCAAGGCUGCCAAGCAGGGUCGGCUUUCAGCUCAGCCGGAACCGGCGAAAAAACCCACAACCGAUGGCUCUCCUGGCUGCGAGUACAGCAGUCUACCCCAGGAAGGAGACAAGGCCUGAGCCUGGGGAGAGGGUACAUAACCAGCCCGCUAACCUGCUCGCACUGUGUCGACGUGCACGGACGUCACCUCUCGGGGCUCCAGCAGUUCUACGGAUCAUUCAUAAUAUUUGCCAGCACAAAUACCCUGAAUGGUCGGCGCUGUUUGGUUAGUUACAUACCAAAAUGAACAGAUGUGCUCUUACAACAUGAAUGUGAUUGUACUCUUUGUUGUAAAAUGCUGCUGAUCUCAACCACGCGAUUUGUCUCAUUAGUCUGUCAAUCAUCCCAAGAUAUUUAUGACAGAUAAAGACUAUUUUCUGAAUCUUUGCUGGAGUUAUUGCUGUUGGUCUUUGAGUUUGCAGAGGUGGGUUCAGUGACGAUCAAUAGAAAUAGGAACCCAUCAGAAUGAAGCCUCUGGUUACACAUCUAUUUAAUCUCCAAAAUCAGCGUGGGCCAGAUAAUCACAGCAGAGCAUCCUUCAGCUUUCCCCUUCUUCCGCUUUAAGAGGUGAAUACACUAAAUGGGAAAAUAGUUUGCACAACUUUUUGCUAUUCUUAAAAUUUUAGUGCCUGCAGAUUAAAAGUGCACUGAUAGAAAAAGCACAAAUAGGGAGAAAGUAACUAUUUAAUAAAAGUGUAUCUGUGACACUCUAAACGGUAAUAUCUGCACCUUGUAUUUGUGAUGUAGCAUAAAUAACGAGACUUAUCAGACAUGAUCUUAAAGAAGGUGUGAUGGGGCUUUUUGUGAAAAAUGCAGAAUGGAUACGAUUUUCAGGCUUUUAUGAAACCCCACCUCCUUUGUGUUUAACUGUUAUUGUCAGCUUGUUCUAGAGAAAAGGUGCCUUGGUUCCACACCAUGUAUUUCUAUCCAUCAGGUCCAGAUAGAUCAUUCAAAAGGUUUGGAAAUGGGCUUCUUGGGAGGUCCUGAUGUUUGUUUUAGAAACUGUUAAAAUCACCAGACGGGGACUUGGAUUAGCAUCAGUGUUUUUAUCUGAUUCAAUUCAAAUCCCUUGCAGUUUCCUGCUACCGUUAGCGGCAACUCAGACAUCCUGAGUAACUUGAGGGUAAAUUUAGUUGAAUGUUGACGCAUCAUGGCAGAAUCAAUAACGCUACGUUGGUGGGGUUUAGGAAGACGAGCCACUUCUGAUAUGAACUUAAGAUCAAUGGAAAUAUUCAAUUUUAAUCCUUCCACUGUUGACUUUAGGUGAAGUUAAAGAUCUUGGAGGCCUGUGGCUCUAACGAAAAGAUGGCUAAACAACAUAAUGCUCCCACCACCAUGCUUGACAGUGGAUACUGUUUUAUGGUUCUAAAAGUCUCACAUUGAUUUGUCUAUACAUCCCUUUUUUAUCACCAUGUUCAGUUCUUACACUUAAUCUCCAGAAGACAUGAGCUGCUGCAGAUUUAGCUUUAAUUUUUAUCUCUAAAACCUUCAGUCAAGCUGCUAUCUUAAACACUAAAGAGUUCGGAUAAAUUGGUUAGUUUUCAAUGUUAUACGGUUCUGAUAGCAUUCAUUUAAUAUGUGGAAGAGUGGCAAAACGCACUAAAAAGAUUAUUCCAGAAAAUAAAGUACAAAGUUAAAAUGUCUUUACUAAUUCUGUCAUCAAAUAAACAACCAAUAAACAGGCUUAAAUCAGAGGGGAAAGGAUGGUUGACUCUGAUUAAAGCCUGUAUUAUGGAUGCAAAGUUAAGCCUCCAUGAGCAAACUGGGCCACAACAAACUAGAAACCAGCUGAAGUUGUGUAACUUGGAGGAAUAAUAA